ACAGCUCCCACAAUCCAACAGCGAAGCUUGACGCUGUCGUGCAUAUGUUUUGCUUUGUUUUUUCCUUUUUUUGUUUUGUUAUUGUUUCGGGUAACUGUGGCAGCUGGGUCCAAACAGGAUCAAACCCCGCUGAGCUGCAUGUGUUCCCCUGGUUUUCAGCAGGACUAGAGACGCUCUGACUCGCACAGAGAAGUUCCGUUCAGCGCAUCCAGGGCGAUUUAAAGGUAUCAAAUAGCUCGCCACUGUUUUGUGUUGCCAUGGACAAGGCUUGGAGGGUGGAGUUUCGAAAUGUGGGAUGCACCUACUUUCCUCAAAGCAGAGUCGACUGCCACUACACGCUAAGCUCACAGCACAGCUGGGCCAGCAGCGAUUGGAUUGGGCUCUUCAAGGUGGGCUGGUCAUCAGUCAAGAACUACGAAACCUUUGUUUGGGCUCUGGUCCCAGCUGCUUAUCAAGAGGGGAUGGAGGUCAACUGCUGCGUGCACUUCCAGGCCUCCUACUUGCCCAAACCAAGCUCCCAGGAAUAUGAGUUUGUAUAUGUGGAUGCUAAAGAGGAAGUGUGCUCCCGGAGCUCAAAAUUCACUUUCUGUGCACCGAAGCCUCUUGAGGACAUUGUGACCCUCGAGGAAGCGUGCCAUGGUGAGGAUGAAGGCACAGACAUGCUGCUGGUAAUACCAAGGGCCGAACUCCUGCAGAGUCGGCUGCAGGAGUGUCUGCGAGAGCGCGCCGAGCUGCUGCGUGAGCAGGAGGUGACAAAAAGGCAAAGGGAGAGAGACAGGGAGGAACACAAGAGAGAGAAGCAGGAAUGGGACAGACAGCGCAGAGGGUUGGAGCGUGAGCUUGGCAGGCUUAAGGAGGAGCUGAUGCAGAGUCAUCAGAAGAUUGAGGAGAUGGAGAUGACGCAGAAGGAUGAAAAGGCUUUAGGAGAGUGUUUAGCCAAGGAGAAAGCAGCUUUAAUGGAUGCCAAGGCAGCAAAAGAAUAUCUUAUUAGAGAGCUCGAAGAGGAUAUCAAAACACUGACACAAAGAGCUGUGGAAAGAGAAACAGAGUUGGAGAGAAUGAAAGACAGAGCCAAGAGGGCGAUGGCCCUGAGAAAGGAGGAGGAGAGUGAAAGAAAAAGUCUCAAGAGCAAGCUGGAUCAGACUGAAGCCGAGCUCAGAAGUCUGUCUAAGGAAUUUCAGGUUCUCAGGAACUCUCUGGCUCAGAGAGACACCAGCGUCCUGCAGCUCCAGAACACCAUCACAACCCUUACCCAAAAACUCACCACUGCUCACAGGAAGGAGACUGAAAGCGAAGCAUCAUUGAAGGAGAUGCGGAGCCUACGGGAGCGAUUUCACAUGAGUGAACGCACCAUUGAGGGUCUAAAGGGCGAUUUAAGUACCCUGACAGCCCAAAGGGAUCAUGUACAAGCUGAACUGCAUCAGACCCGAGUGCAGGCCGCCCAGCUCACCCUUCAGCUUGCAGAUUCCACAAUGGCCUUGAGAGAAGGGAGAGCAAACUGGGCUCAAGACCGACAGAAUCUGCAGCGCACUGCGGAGCUGGACCAGGAGCGCUGGGAGAAACUCAACACAGAGAUGCAGAAGAUCCAAGAGAGGCUGCAAGAGGAAAAAAUGGAGAGGGUCAAGCUGGAGGUUGAACUAGGCAGAGAAAAAGAUUGCAACCGGGUUCAGCUGAGUGAAACCCGAAGGGAACUGCAGGAGCUGAAAGCCAGCCAGAGGAUUGCACAGAAAGAGAAAGAACAGCUACAAGCAGAGAAACAGGAGCUGAUGGAAUACAUCUGUCAGCUGGAACAGAAGACAGGAACAAUGACCAGUGCCAGGUGGAACGCUGCACCAAUUGCCUCCACAGGGUGUCCUGAGACUGCGUUAUCCGACUCUGAGGAUGAGAGCCCAGAGGCUUUGCAGAUCCUCCAUCCGCAGAGAUCUCUUGGCCACUACAGCCUCUGCGAGCAGGGCCAGCCUGAAUCCCAGCUCCUCUCCACACCUCCGCUCUCCCCGCGGGACAUGGACAGGAGCGUGGUGGUCAUCAACCAGCCAGCCCCUCUCUCCCUGCCACACCAAGGAAACACUGAUACUCUGCCUCACAGCUCUGAUUCGGAGGAGGAAUCUGAUCCAGUUCAGCGAGGAAGGGAAAACUCUGAAGAGGAAACUGCACUUCUGUUGGCUGAAUACAAGGACACAUUUCUAAGUGAUCUGGGAGACACCUCGCUAUGGUGACGGGCGGACCAGCCAAGACAAUGGCAAGCAUUCAGAAAGCAAGAAGGGACUUUGUUUCCCGUUGCAUCAACUAACAAGCACAUAAACAGCACAUUAAAAAAACAAGAAACAAUGUUAUAUGCAAUUACUCUGUAUCUGCCACAAACCUUGCCCCCCACCCCGUACACUAUUGUGUUAUUGCCUCAGCCGUGCCAGCAGCACGAGGUCAGCGUAGUGUUUAUGACUCGCAGAAGACCGUUGCUCAGCUGGAUGCUGCAGGAAUUUUUGGGGCCUGGCAUUUGAGACUUUUCAGUCGGGUAGCAGAAUGAUUCCCGUUGAAUCAUUGCAGCUUCGAGAGCUUUACGACGGAUGUAAUGUCAUUUUUAUGGCGAUUGUGAUUAGGAGUCACGACGGGCUCUGUAAUUAUGAUGUUUUGUGUAGACUCGACUCUGCGGGAAAUCAUGGCAAAGCUCUGCUCUGGUGUUAAAUCCUCCGUCUCCUCCGGUUUGGACACUUUUCAUGGCAGCAUAAAGAAACGCCACAGCACCAUUGAUAAAGAAAAAAUAUAUUGCAAUAAUGCAGGCUUAUGACAUCAUAUUUCUCCCUUUAUACAGACCUAAAAGUUGAUAUGCACUUUUUAUAGUACCAAAUCACAGAUGAUUCAUGCAGAUGCUGUUAGGGUGAUGCAGGCCUUCUUAUGUUGACAGUGUUUAGAAUAAGUAAGCUUAUUAACAGCUGCUAAGAUUGAUUCAACAUGCGGUUGUUUACAAAACUUCAUGUGCUUUUCGCCUACAUUUUUUGUUAUUAAUUAAUCAAAACUUCUUUCCGAUCAUUAAAGAUGCUUUCUUAUCAUUUGAUCACGUUUUUAAAGCUCAUUAUGCUGUCAUCUACUUUUAAAUGUGUGCCUAAAAUAAUAAACGUAGUCAGCAUUUACUGUAGGUGUUUCCUUCUACUCUUAUACUGCCUAAUAAAGAAAACUGCUGCCUCCCUUUUUAAUCAAUGCUGUAUGCAUUUUUCAUGGUUUCCUCUUUUAAAAUGAACUUGAGUUAUGCUGCAAGUAAACUACUUCCAGCUUUAGGUGGAAACCGCCCAUUUCGUGUAGUCUAGCAUAAAAAAAAACUUUUCAUGCUUUGCCUAAGAAAAUCCGCUACAGUGAUGCUUGAUUUCUAUCUGCUGUAUUUGCACCCUGUUUUUACUUUGGAGGAUAUUUUAGACUUAAUAUCAUUACUUAGAGAUUCUGUAUGUUCCGUGUGUGUUUUUUUAUGAUUUCUUUAAAUUUAAAGCUGUGUGUUGUGGUCAUAUUAUGCCUAAGUUUUGACAUUUUUACUGUCCAUUUUCAAACCCUUGCACAGAGCUAGGUGUUGGAGUUUUACUGUUACCAUAUAUUGGUGCUAAUCACACACCACCUAUGUUUAAGUUACAGUGCUUUACAAAAAUAUUCAUAGCCUUCUAACUCUCUCCAAUAUUGAUCAUUAUGAUACAUGCUUAUAAAAGGUUUUUACAAAUAGAAAACGUAGGAGUU